AUGCUCAAGCCGCAAUCCAAUUUCACUCGAGAGCUCGUCUCUUUGGACGGCAUCUGGAAUUUUGCUGUACACUAUUCAUCCAAUGAUGAAGAAACAGCACCUUGGAACAAACUGAUCCCGCCAACGCUCCAGGUGCCUGUGCCUGCCAGUUACAACGACAUAUUCGUCGAUCAAAAAAUUCGCGAUCAUGUAGGAUGGGUAUAUUACCAGAAGCAAGUGACUGUCCCUCGAAGCUGGGUCGGUCAGCGGUACUUCUUGCGGUUCGAUUCCGUGACACACCAUGGACGGAUCUACGUCGACGAAAAGCUCGUGGCAGAACAUUCUGGCGGAUAUACUCCAUUCGAGGCCAACAUUACAGACCUGGUGAAACCAGGACAGAGUUUCCGCCUCACGGUAGGUGUGAGCAACGAACUGACCUUCCAAACGAUCCCUCCUGGCAGGGUUGAAACGCUCGCCAGUGGAAAACGGAAACAGCAUUACCAGCAUGACUUUUUCAAUUAUGCCGGCAUUGCGCGGUCGGCAUGGCUUUGCGCGGUCCCGCCUGUCUCUGUCAGCGACAUGACUGUUGUGACGACUGUCGAUGAUGGUACGGGUAUCGUGGAAUAUGUGAUUGAAACAUCGCAGCCUAUUGAAGAAACUCGGAUUAAAGUGUCUCUCAGAGACGAAAAUGGGGCUGUCGUUGGUUCUGCGAUCAAAAGCCGAGGACAGAUUAGAAUCGAGUCUGUACACCUCUGGCAACCCGGAGCGGCAUAUCUUUACCAACUUAAAGCAGAAAUUCUGCCAGAAAACGGAACAAACGAGGCACUCGACACCUAUGAACUAGCGGUGGGUGUGCGCUCGGUCAAAGUCGAAAGGAACCGCUUUCUCAUCAACGGCGAGCCUUUCUACUUCACCGGCUUCGGCAAGCACGAGGACACCCCUAUUCGCGGCAAAGGCUUCGACCCGGCAUACAUGAUACACGAUUUCAACCUCAUGUCCUGGAUGGGCGCCAACUCCUUCCGGACGGCUCACUACCCUUACGCGGAGGAAGUUCUCGAAUACGCUGAUCGGCACGGGAUCGUCGUCAUCAACGAGACUCCCGCCGUAGGUUUGAAUCUGGGAAUCAUCGCAGGCAUGUUCGGCCUUAAACCGCCGCCCACAUUCUGUCCCGAAGCUUGCAAUGACGAGACGCGAGAAACACAUGCACAGGCUAUCCGAGAGCUCGUGGCUCGUGACAAGAACCACCCGUCUGUUGUGAUGUGGACGAUUGCGAACGAACCAGCUUCGAGUGAACCUGCGGCGAGAGGGUAUUUCGAGCCAUUGGUCUCAUUGACACGGGCGCUGGACCCAACGAGACCGGUUUGUUUCGCGAAUAUGAGUUUUAGUACGUUCGAUACGGACAUACUGACGGACUUGUUCGACGUCAUCUGUUUGAACCGGUAUUACGGGUGGUAUACGCAGACCGGGGACCUGGAAGCUGCAGAAAAGUCGCUUGAAGAUGAUUUACUGGGGUGGCAGGCCAAGUUCGGCAAGCCCAUCAUCAUGACGGAGUACGGCGCUGAGAGUCUGGCUGGAUUGCAUUCUGUCACUGAUCUGCCUUGGAGCGAGGAGUACCAGGCAAAGUUUCUAGAAAUGUUUCACCGCGUUUUUGAUCGGGUUGAUAGUGUAGUAGGGGAGCACGUUUGGAAUUUUGCCGAUUUUCAUACUACCUCUGGCAUACACCGGGUAGACGGAAACAAAAAGGGUGUGUUCACACGAGACAGGCGACCAAAGAGCUCAGUCCAUGUUCUGAAGAAGAGAUGGACAGCUUUGGCAGAAGAAAAGGCACCAAAGUAA